GCGGGCACGGGCUGGGCAGGGACGUCCGCGUCCCCCCUCGCAGGUGUUACAUUUAGCACACUGGAGAAGACAUCUGAUAACUGAAUAAUUAUGUUCAGGAGCAAAGCAUCGAGUCUGUCAAAACUGAUUCCUUUGAUGUUUGGCCAGUCAAAUUUGGCUUACAAAUUUUUUCAUCCAGUUAUUGCUUCUCAUGGACUUUGCUGUCACAGAAGUGUGAUUUACAAACAGAGGUACAGGAUGCGCCAACUUAGUGCUGGAAGACGAACAAUAAGCACUGGGACCAAGAUCAUGGCAGAAGGAGAGUUGCCAGCUGUUUUGAUCCUGGAUAUAGGAGGAACUCAUGGCGUGCUAGAAGACCUUGCAGCACUUUUGAAGAAACACUUUCACCUUAUCACCAUGAAGGAAUUUCUUGGAAACAAAGAAGAAGUGAGAAAAAAAAUCCAAUCUGUUUUUGUGUUUGAGUGCAGGCCAACUAUUGACCGUGAGCUUCUAGAAAGCCUGCCUAAUUUAAAGGUGAUUGCAAACUCUGGGGUUGGAGUGGAUCACUUAGACUUGAAAAUGAUCUCAAGCUUUGGUGUGAAAGUGACCAACACCCCGCACGCUGUGGCAGACCCAACAGCAGACAUAGGAAUGGCCUUGAUGCUGGCCUCUGCCAGAAGACUAGUGGAAGGCUGCCACAUUGCCGUGUCUCCAGACACAAAGUAUUUUGCUGUUGACUGGCUGGGAGUGGAAGUAACCAGAGCAACACUUGGGAUCAUUGGGAUGGGCAGCAUUGGAUACAAAGUGGCUCAGAGAGCCAGAGCCUUCAACAUGAGGAUCCUGUACCAUAACAGAAACCAGAGAAGAAAGGAGGAGGAAGAGGCUGUUGGUGCCCACUACCGUGCAGAGAUGGAAGACUUGCUGCAGCAAUCUGACUUUGUUAUGUUGGUUGUGAACCUGACUCCUGAGACUCACAAACUGAUUGGGAAAAAGGAGCUAGGGCUGAUGAAACCCACAGCUACUCUUAUAAACAUCAGCCGAGGUGCAGUUAUUGAUCAAGAUGCAUUGGUAGAAGCUCUCCAGAAUAAGGUUAUUAGGGCUGCAGCUCUGGACGUGACAAACCCUGAGCCUCUGCCAAGAGAUCAUCCUUUAUUAAACCUGAAUAACGUCAUCAUAACCCCGCACAUUGGAACCGCAACAGUUCAGGCCAUCCGUAUGAUGGCAGAAGAAGCAAUAGCAAACAUGCUGGCUGUUCUCAAUGACCAACCCAUUCCAAGUGAAGUGUUUCCCAAAUGAUGAGUGCCAGAUGAUGCCACUAAAUUUCCUGUGUACUGGAAAGCACUAUUUCUUAUCACUUUUAAGCUGAAUAAAAAAGUAACCUGUUCCUGCGCUGCUCAUCAUAA